AUGGACAAUAUCGAAGUUCCUGAGUACUUCAUCUGCCCCAUCUCCCUCCAAAUCAUGAAAGACCCUGUGACAACAAUAACAGGCAUCACAUACGAUCGAGAGAGCAUUGAACACUGGUUAUUGGAAUUCGAAGGUGAAAACAUGAUAUGUCCUGUGACUAAACAAGCCUUGCCUAAAGACUCGGACUUAAAGCCGAAUCACAUUAUCCGGCGACUCAUCCAAGCAUGGUGCAUCACCAAUGCAUCAAUGGGUAUUGAUCGAAUCCCGACUCCGAAACCUCCUCUUAACAAGUUUCAUGUCCUCAACCUCUUGAAAGGCCUUUGGGUUCCAAAAUUACAGCUGAAAACGCUGCAAAAAUUGGAAGUCCUAGCAAUGGAGAACGAAAGGAGCAUGAAAUACCUGGUUGAAGCUGGUGUAGUUAAGGCAGUGGUGACUUUUAUCAUAGCAAGUUACAAGGAAAAAGAAACAACUGGUAUUGAAGAAGCUCUGAGUAUUCUCCAUCUUCUUCGAUCGGCGGAGGUGAAGAUUGUUCUAGUUGAAAAUGGUCAAAUUAUUGAUGCUUUGAAGUGGGUUUUGGAGUGUGAUUGGGAUAAUAAAGUGACCGUGAAGAACCAUGCAGUUUUGUUAUUGAAGACAGUCACCGGAAAAGUUGACUCCGGUGUACUGCAGAGACUGAAACGCGAAUUUUUUGAGACAAUUAUACAAGUCCUGAGAGAAGGUAUUUCUCAACAAGGAAUAAAAGCUGCUUUGCAGUACCACCGAGCUCAUCUUGGGAGUAUGUUCCAUCUCUGUUCAUGCGCCGGCGGGAGAGCUCAGCUUCUGAGUCAUGCCGGCGGUAUAGCUGUAAUCACGAAGAGGAUUCUGAAUGUUUCUCCGGCGGCCGAUGAUCGAGCCAUGAUGAUCAUUUCAUUGAUUUGUAAGUUCUCUGGGACAAGUUGGGUCCUUCAAGAGAUGUUGAGAGUUGGAACUAUUACAAAGCUUCGCAUGGUGCUUCAAGUUGACUGUGCUUCGUAUUUGAAAGAUAAAGCUAGAGAGAUACUUAGAACACAUUCUAACGCGUGGAAGAACUCUCCUUGCGUUGAUGCUCCAGUCUUAACCAGAUACUCUAGCAGCUAGGUGUGAUAUACUUUUCCAUUUUUGUUUAUG